UUACUACUGUACGAGUGACUCAUGGCCACACAAAGUUGUUACGUCACUCGAAAUCUUAAAUCCGCCGUCAAAAAUGCUAUUCAGACGAAGCAGCCACCAACCACUACUCGAGCCGCCGUAGAUCCAGAUUCCUUAACAGUAGAUGUCGCCGUUUGUGAAGUUUUAUCUCUUCAGUUACAAUUUUCUCCAAGCUUCUGCAUGGGCGAUUUCGCUUCUGAUUAUUCUUAACAGCUUUUUAUCGAACAAGACGAUCAUUUCUGCUUACGCUUCUGCUGGAUUCCUGAUUAGUCUGUUUCAAACUGCUGCUAUUCUUGAAGUUCUUCAUGGAGCUAUUGGAAUUGUCCCGAGUGGAUUCUUGUCUCCACUGAUGCAAUGGAGUGGAAGAACUCACUUCAUAUUGGCUAUUGUUGGACAGAUCAAGGAGGUCCAGGAUUCGCCGUGGCUGUCUAUAACACUUGUGGCUUGGUGUAUCGGUGAGAUGAUCAGAUAUCCUCAUUAUGCUUUUACUUGCCUCGGUAGAUGUCCCUAUUGGCUAACCUACCUCAGGUACACGGGAUUCAUCGUGAUUUAUCCAACGGGACUAGUGGGUGAAUUGUUGAUCAUGUACAAAGCACUUCCAUAUGUUAAAGAAAGGAAUCUUUACGCUAAUUUCUUCUCUGUUUUCCCCUUCAGUUACUACGAUUUCCUUUGGGCCGUCCUCUUGGUCUACCCAUUCCUUUGGUUGAAGCUUUAUCUCCAGCUUUUCAAACAAAGAAAGUCUAAGCUUGGAAAAUCGAAGAAGCUUCACGGCAAGAGAAAGAGAAUGUGAACUCCAUUCAAUCUUACAUAUAUGUAUCUCAUCUGUGAUUCACAAUAUUCUGGUCUAAACAACCAUAACAACUGAAAAUAAAAAUUUGGCCCAAAGCUUUUUAAAUGGAGUAAUUAUAAUGGGUUGAUUAUUGAGCCAUUACCUAUUCACUUACUAGACUCAAUUAAAAUUAGAUAUUUUGUCUUCAGUCAAACUAGUUUAGUUUGGUUUUGGGCGACGACGAC